GCGCGCUGCCUGCUCCCGACUCGGGUUACCCUGCAGCUGAACUGUGGGCAGACGGGAGGAAGGCUGAGGGGGUACGGGGUAACCCCCCCCAAAUAUCACGGACACGGAGCUGCUUCCUGCACGGGAGGGGUAUGAGGGCGCAGACUGCACCGAGGACCUGAGCAGCGCCUGCCUCCGCCGGCCCCUGCAAUCCGACAAGCUCCAGCUGCUGUCUUCCCGCCGCAGAUCAGAGGCAUUUCUGUAUGAUCCACUAAAAACGUUUCUUCAGCCUUUUGGACACAGCGGACCAUGGCACGUCUAACAAAGAGGCGACAGGCUGACACAAAAGUGAUCCAGUACCUCUGGACAGCCAUAGAAGUGAUACGCAACCAGAAACAAAUCGCAAAUAUCGACCGCAUUACAAAGUACAUGACCCGUGUGCAUGGCAUGCACCCAAAAGAGAUCACGCGCCAGCUUAGCCUAGCCGUGAAAGACGGCCUUAUUGUCGAGACGCUUACAGUGGGCUGCAAAGGAUCCAAGGCUGGCAUUGAGCAGGAGGGAUACUGGCUGCCCGGGGACGAGAUGAUGAAACAGCACCAAAUUCACGGACGAGAGGGAAAAACAGUGAAUUCACCUGAGGACUGGGAUGCGGAAACCCACGACUGGUACUGUUUUGAUUGCCAUUUGCCCGGAGAGGUGAUUAUGUGUGACCAAUGUUUCCGUGUGUAUCAUCCCAAAUGUCUACCUGAUGACUUACGGCUCAGAGACAGCAGUAAUUGGCAAUGUCCGGUGUGCAAGAGUAUGAAGAAGAAGAACUCAAACAAACAAGAGAUGGGUAAAUACCUGCGAUUCAUCGUCUCCCGCAUGAAGGAGAGGGCAAUUGAGCUGAACAAAAAAGGAAAAGACAGCAAGCAUCCGAUGUACAGGCGCUUGGUUCACACGGCCAUUGAUGUUUCCACCAUUAAUGAGAAAGUAACUGAAGCAAAGUACAAGAGCUACGACGAGUUCAAGGCGGACGCUCAGCUUCUUCUACACAACACAAUUAUUUUCUACGGAGAUGACAGUGAGCAGACCGAUGUCGCUAAGUUGUUGUACAAGGAUACUUGCCACGAGCUGGAUGAGCUGCAGCUCUGCAAAAAUUGCUUCUAUUUGUCAAACGCACGUCCUGACAAUUGGUUCUGCUAUCCCUGCAUACCCAAUCACGAGUUGGUUUGGGCCAAGAUGAAAGGUUUUGGGUUCUGGCCGGCCAAAAUUAUGCAGAAAGAAGACAAUCAAGUUGAUGUUCGUUUUUUUGGCCAUCAUCACCAGAGAGCCUGGAUUCCUUCGGAGAACAUUCAGGAAAUCACUGUAAAUGUGCAUCAGCUGCAUGUCAAACGCAGUAUGGGCUGGAAAAAAGCUUGCGAUGAGCUUCAGCUGCACCAGCGGUUCCUACGCGAUGGGCGAUUCUGGAAAUCCAAAGGAGAAGACAAGAGAGAAGAGGAGGCCGAAUCCAGCAUCUCUUCCACCAGCAACGAGCAGAAGGGGAAUCAGGAACCUCGAGCCAAGAAAGGGAGGCGCAAUCAGAACGUCGAGCCAAAAAAGGAAGAACCGGAACCUGAGCCCGAGACAGAAGCGGUGAGUUCGAGCCAGGAGAUCCCUCCUCUCCCUCCUCCGGUGGAAAAGGUCUCCGUUUGCACGCAGACGAAGAAGCAAAGUGCCUCCUCUCCCAGAAUGGUCCACCACGGCACUCAGACCAACAACGAUGGCGUGUGCCAGAACAUGUGCCACGAUAAGUACAGCAAGAUCUUUAACGAGUUAAAGGAGCGCAUGAGCACAGACAACAAGCGGGAGACCGAGAGGGCCGUGCGAGAGGCGCUAGAUGAACUGCGAGCAGAAAUGGAGGAAGACAAAAGACAAGCUGUCGGCAAAGCCGUGGCGAACGCGCAGGCGGAAAUGGAGCGAAAGUGCAAGCAGGUCAAAGAAAAGAGCAAAGAGGAGUUUAUGGAAGAAGUCAAAAAGCUCGGGGCCCAACAGAAGCAGCUGAUUUCGCAGACCAAGAAGAAGCAGUGGUGUUACAACUGUGAAGAAGAAGCCAUGUACCAUUGCUGUUGGAACACGUCCUACUGCUCCAUCAAGUGUCAGCAGGAGCACUGGCACGCAGAACACAAGCGGACGUGCCGCAGGAAAAGAUGAAGCGUCUCCACGAACGUCCCGCGAGAAACCCACACCAGUCCUGUCCACAGAUUCAGCAAAUUUCAUUCUUCUUUCCCAUUUACCUUCUUUUCUUUUCUUUUCUUUUUUUAUUUAUGUCUCCAUGAUGUGGUAAUGGCAUACUACCUGUAUACAUCCCAUUGUGUUCGCACCAGCUGAAAGCUCGCCCAGUGCUGGGUGAAACACUGAUUGCUCCGCUUCAGCACUGGUGGGGGCAGAACUCCUUUCCACAGCGACAAACUCGUGCGUCAACGUUCCUCCAAACCUGUUUGAUGACAGAGGGAUCUGUGCAAUUUUUACGGAAGGGUUCUAUGCAGGCCCUCCUGGGAUCAAGCAGGGUUUAGAGUACUUUAUCUACCAUUGCUGUUGACAGUUUUACCAACUUUUAUUGUAUGUUGAUUUUUUAUAUGUUUUUUUUUUUUUUAGUUUCCAUGUCCAAAACAUUUUACAUUUUAGAAUGUUUUAAAACGACUUUUAAGUGUUUAACAAAAUAUCACCCCAGUUGUAUCUUUCUCAGAGACCAGAGGAACCAGCAUCCGCUGUCUCUGGCCGCGGGAUUAAUGUUUAAGCCCCUUUUGAGGACAAAGGUCCCAAAAUAGGCAUCCCACGUGCAUGCUAUCCGCCACCAAAACCCCUUUAUAGGAACGGUUGAUAGGAAUCGGCUAAAAACAGAUGUUACUCUUUGGGGAAAACUCUUUCCUUACCCUUUACAUAUUAGGCAUUAUCAUUUAGAAGGGAUGGUAAGGUAAAGAUUUUUAUUUGUAAAGUGCAGCAGCCCACGUUCGCUCAUUGCUUAUUUUCAAUAUAUAAUGUUUUAUAAAGAAAUAAAAAAAAUAUAUAUAUUAGCGUUGAUUUCAUAGUUUUACAAAUACAGGUAAUCAAAAGAAGUAAUGUUUUUUUACUUUAAAAUUUGCACAUUUCAUUGUUCUUAUGAUUCACGCUUGCAAAAAAACAAAAAAUGCAAGCAAAGAAACUACCUUCUGACUCGACCUUGGAGUGAUUUAGCCGGCAUUCAACCCUUUGAGUGCCAGCGAGGGGAGCAGUGUACUGAUCUGCGGGGGUAUAUACUGGGCUAAUCGGAUGUGUCCGGUAUAUCAAAUCAUUAUCCCGUAGGCAGUAUAUGAGCGCGGCAUCUAAACGGGAGAUGCCGCUAUUACUUAUCAGGGUAAAUUUGCCGCCAACAGGGCUCUGAUACAAAUGCCUAGACCCGCGUCCCCCUUUAUUUUCUUAGAACAAAUAGAGAUAUUUCUCUUUACUUCUAAUUAAAGAUACCACUUUUGUACUAAUGCAACUUGUACGUAUUAUACCUCUGGUUUGCAGCAAACGCUGUCCAUGGAUUAAAGACACAUAAUGCUGGAGGAGGAGGAGGAGAAGUCAUCGUAGUAUUUUGAACUUUCUUCUCAGAAUCUCGGUUUAGCUGUUACCUCUUAAGCAUCAGUCAUUGUGUCACCAAGAUACAAAAAAAGAAUCACGCAUGUUAACUGUAACACGGACAGCAUCUUCGGAAAAAGAAAUUAAUAUUUUUUUCAAAAAAGUCUGCAGAUGCAUUUGCAAUGGGGAUGAAUCUAUUGCGGGAAUACUUUUUUUUUUCCUGAUCUGUUUAAUCUGUUUUGGGUAUAAAAAAAUCCUUAUCUGGCAAUGUGGUCCUUUUAAUUUUGCAGUGGAUCUAUUCUUUAAUUAUUUGUGAAAGGGGUUACAGUUUAUGUUCUUUUAACACUAUAAUGGGGGAGGGUAUCUUUAGAAGAUUAAAAAAACAAAAAUAGUUAUUCGGAUUUCAAUUUGAGGGGAAAAUGUAAAUAUUUCAAUCAUCAAUAUUUAUUGCAAGCGAUUAGACAAUGAGAGUGGAACAUUAGCGAGAGGCGUUUUUUUUUCUUCUCCUCUUUCGACAUACACAUCGAACCAGCAUAGCUGCAGUUUUGUGAUGUUUCGUGAACAUCCUUCGCAUUCCACAUUGUAUUGGUGGACAUUUAACCACUUCUCUGCCUCGCAGUUCUUACAGCAGCAAGGGAGGUCAUGUAAAAAAAUAAAUAAAUAAAUGACAAAAUUGAUCCAGUCCUACAAAAAGCAAGCUCUUGUGGAAAUACAUUUAUCGUCAGAUCAUUCCAAGAAAUGUACUUUAUAACUGGUAACUGCAUGAGACUUCUUGUUAUUUUUGGCAUAUUUAACUGUGUCUUUGGACAUGGUUUGCACAUUGCAGAGUUAAACUAGUGUGAAAACUUUUGAAUUGAAAAUCGUGGCCUGGUUUUUUUGUAUCCGUUGUAGGUUAUAAAAUUAAAAUAAACAUGACGAUUGUUUUGGGUUUGUUUUUUUUCUCUCCAAUCCAUUAUCGCAAAACUUAAUUCACUUCUGUUUAUAAAGCUGUAUUAAGAUGUUAAGCUUGGCCACUAUGCACAUUGUAAUUAUUCAUUGUGGCUGUCUCGUUCUCCUGAUACAUUCGGCUAUUUUGUAAGCUGCUCUUACUGGCAAUAUGUGUUAACAUUUGUUAAUAAAUGUAUUUAAAAAAAACAAAAAAAA